AAAAUAUUUGAAACUUUUGAAGCAGAAGGGUUUUCUGUAAUAGAGACAAGUACUCUAACAGAAGAAGGUGUAAUCCAAGUUAAAACAGAGGCCUGUGACAGACUGUUGGCCCAUCGUGUUGAUACUAAAAUGAAAGGAAAUAAAGUGAAUGAAGUAUUGAAUAGAUUACACUUGGCCAUGCCAACCAAAAGAGAUAACAAGGAGCGGCUGCCUUUUAUACCUGAGGGAGCAGUAGCACGUAAGAAACGCAUGGAAGUAGACACACCCAGGAGGAAAUUGGAGAGAGAUCUUGAACUUGAAAUGGGAGAUGAUUAUGUUUUGGAUCUUCAGAAAUACUGGGACUUAAUGAAUUCAUCUGAAAAAUAUGAUAAGAUACCCGAGAUAUGGGAAGGUCAUAACAUACUUGACUACAUUGAUACGGAUAUAAUGAGAAAACUGGAAGAGUUAGAGAAAGAGGAAGAGCUGAGAGAAGCUGCUGGAGAAUAUGACAGUGAACCAGAAAGCGAAGAUGAAGAAAUGAUGGAAAUCCGACAGUUGGCACAACAGAUCCGAGAAAAGAAGAAACUGAAAAUUCUGCAGUCAAAGGAAAAAGAUACUCGAGGUCCAAGGAUGCCUAGAACAGCUAAGAAGGUCCAGCGGAAGGUGCUAGAGAAGGAAAUGACUGAUCUUGGACUCGACAUGACUAAUAAAGAUGAUGCACAUUAUGUGAGAAGAUCUCGUAGUGUUACAAGGAAACGUAAACGUGACGAGUCUGAAACCCCUAAAUCUGUGGCACGCAGUCGCAGCUGUUCUCGCACACCACGGGAUGUUUCUGGUCUUCGUGAUGAAAAGAUGGUGAAGAAGGUCAAAACUAUGGCAAAGAAAGCUCAGAAGAAAAUGAAUCGCCUGGGCAAGAAAGGAGAGUCGGACAGACACAUAUUUGACUUGAAGCCAAAACAUCUGCUGGCUGGAAAGAGAAAAUCUGGUAAAACACAGAGAAGAUAAGCAGUCUUCUGAAUUAAAGCUAAUUAAAACGAAGUUUAUUAAAACUAA